CUUAGGCUGAACGGGCUGUGUGGGUAGAGUUCCAGAAACAAAAAUGGGAAUUCCAAAAGAAACAGAGAGCAGAAAAGAAGCGUCUUAGAGCUCAAGCUCUGGGAAUGGGAAUCGAUUUUAGAGCUGGACGAACAAGACAUGUCACUGGAAUGUCGACAUUUUUACAGCGUCAGGCUAAAUCAAUCAUGGAUCAAUACUGGCAGUUGAUACAAGUAUGAGACUAUAGUGUAUUGUUUAAUGCAGUUUUCCCCAUUUCAGCUUCAGACUAAUGCUAAGACCUAUACUUUUGGACGCCAUAUUGAAAUUGCAUGUUAUCUGUCAAUGUUGAACUGGACUAUAAAGUGAAUGUAACACCAGUUGGAUCUCCACACAACUCUUUUUAAUAUCCCUUUUACUCUGGCUAUACCACAACUGAGGAUAACUGCACUAUACUGUAAAAAGUCAACGAAAACAGAGAUUUAUGUUGGAACUUUUCGACAGUCCCUCAAAUUUGCUUCGAAAAGGCAGGCUGUUGCAGGUUGAAACAAUAGGAAGCAAACCCCAUGGGAAUGCUCGGCCUAGUCCCUAGGCCUCUUAGUACGCCUAUUUCGCGUUUCUGCAUAUUAAUGAGAUGACGGCUCCUGACUAGGGACUAGUCUGGGGAAUGCUCUACGGGAUAAGCGACUGGGUACGAGUCAGUGCGAACGCAACUUCACCCGACCUCAGUAUGCAACUGGCUGGUACCCAGGGGCUAUAUCAUGGGUUGCAUUAUAGAUUGGCAAACAGGAAAGGGCUGUUGGGAAGAGUUUACUUGACAGCAUACAAUGAAAAACUACAUAGCUGGUCUUUAUGCGUAUAUUAACAUGCUUUAUAUUGCAGGUUACAGAAACGGAUACACCUGGAUUAUAUAAACUCUGGGCCUUAAUUGGCUCGGAUCUUCACGCAAUCAAAGUUCAUAUUCCGAGAAUAUUUUAUGUGAAUUGUUGCACGGCAAAGCCUGGAACAAGCUCUAGUAAGUAUAACUUUUGCAGUGGCAAUACGGUGUAAAGUUUGUGGUAAUUAAUCAGUUGACUUUUAGCCUCACUAUUUUGAAUCUUGUGGUGCAGCAUUACACAUUCAAAGGCUCUGAAUAAAUAAUAGAAGUACUGACCUGAAAAAAACGUACGCAACGACAUUAUCUUUGGCAGUAAUACAAAACAAUCUGAUGAUAUCCUAUAAGCAAGUACAAUAGGCAAUUCCAGCUUUUAGUUUAUGCAUGCAGGGGACGAUGGGAAGUAAGGUAUCAUAUUGCUGAUUAUGCUGAACAAAUAAAAAUUGUGGCUGUGUAAACACGGAGUGAUAGCUUAUACUUGUGAAUAUUGAAAUAUUUCGGUUGCUUCGGUAGUUUUUAUUGAAAAUUUUCAGCAUAAUCAGCAAUAUGAUACCUUACUUCCCAUCAUCCCCUGCAGGCAUAAACUAAAGGCUGGAAUUGCCAAUUGUACGAAUAAUAGCCUACUGGAAUGAAUUCUUAGUAAAACAUAGUAAUAUCCAGUAAAGUUUAAAUUGAGGUACUUUGAAUAUUACAUAAACGUUUUCUAAUAACCCUGUAUGAAAACAUAUCACUUUUAGCAUGGCGUCGUGUAGGACGGACGUUGCCACGAUCUCAACCUGCUGGACAUCUGUAUCAGUAUUCAGUACCAGAAGCCUUAUAUAGAGAACACGCAAGGUAACUGUUUGUAACUUAGUAAUUUUGCAUUGUUCAUACAUGUAGACAAACCCCUGCCUCGUCCCCAGGCGCUAUAAAACGAUUUCACAUACGAGUCACUAUAUAAAAGGUUUACAUGAAGUGGUGCAUCACAUUAUAGGCGCGCAAUGGGGAAUGGGAUAUGAGCGUUCUGGUGGCCCCUGCGCUAGUUCGUCGCGAUGCACUACUUCAUGUAAACCUUUCAUAUAGUGACUCGCAUGAAUUUUUUUAUUAACGCCUGGGAACGAGGCAGGAUAAACCCUAACGUUCAGAUCAAAUGUGUAUUAACUUAUAUUACAAUAAAAUGUGGAAACGAUUUUACCAUUGUUCAGUUAAUAGCCCUAUUCACAUUAGAGACGGACAAGUCGUCUAGACGAACAAAUCGUCCAUCAGUUUGUUCGGCUAAUAUGAAUUCUAGACAGACAAUUAUGUUAGGGAGUGGUUACCAAGUAGGAACAACAUGACUGCCAUACAGCAACACCUUAGUAGCUGGCUAUUGGGACGAGAACGUCUGAUUUGCGAGAACUUGCUCACGACAAGAAGAUCAAAGUACCUCCUCCUGGAAAACAACGAUGAACACAGCUUCCUUGGAAUUUUUCUUCAACGCCAUGGUCUCUAACGUUAAAGCCCACGGUGUAUCUCUUUCUUCGUUCGACGUUAAAACACUUACAAAAACAUUUACCUCUUCUUCUGUCCAACUUUUGUUUUUACGACGUUUGGAUUUUUGUCUUCGUCGACUUUGUUUUGCUGGACGCCAUUUUGAUUAUCCCAAUCACGCGCUAGUUCCAUUCCCCUCGCUACUGCAAUAUGUUAAUUUGUUCGUGUCUUUGUUCGACUUAUACGAAUCCGGGACGGUGUUCGAUGACUUGUUCGUCUAGACGAACAAAUCGUCCCUCAAAACUUCACAGACGGACAAGUAGUCGAACAAAUUCAGACGACUCGUUCGACACGUUUUCACAUCUGAUGAUUUGUCCGACCAAGACGAUUUGUUCGUCUAGACGACUUGUCCGUCUUCUAAUGUGAAAACGGCUAAUGUUCAGUUAUAUUUAAUACAUAGUAUUAUAGCACUAAUGAAAAUCCGGACUUACAGAUCAAACGCUUUACAGUAGUAAAUAUAUACGUGGCGUUUCCACCAGCCAAAACAAAUAUUAUCGCCAUGCAAACACACAAAAAACUUAUUACUAUACCUCUACUUAUUGAAGUCUUGAACACUCAUAAUAUUCCUCCAUUUUAGUGAGCUAGCAACUGAUCUUUCCUCUCCUGAUAUUGAAGGAAUCUAUGAGUCGCAGGUGUGUAUUUUUAUGAAAAAACGUAUUUUUAUGGGAAACGACUAGAAAAUAAUUUUUUUCUCCAAAAUUUAAAGAUUCUAUAACUAUAUAUUCUCUUUCAUAUUGUAAUAUCCCACCAUAUUAUUUAGCUGUGAAACUAUUUUUCUGCAGGUUCCUUUACUGUUCCGUGCAAUUGUGUCACUUGGUUGCGUUUGCUCUGUGAACCAGACAUAUGCACGACUGUACUCGGGGAGGGUAAGUGUUUAAGCAAUUAACUGGAACUGCGUAAUACCAAACUAACCUUUCCAUCUGUACGUAGCUGUGCGUCAUGCUCAGCCAUGAAAGCCUUCAACUGGAUCAGGUUUAUCAGCGUCCUUCCUAUAAUCCGGCUCAGCUGCAAGCUGCAUGAAGUUUAGCACAACCCCCUAUUUAAUACUUAUAUAUACAAAAAUCUAACAAAAAUUGCUGGCUGCAGUAUUUGUUAUUUAACAAAUAUAAAACAUUUUCCAUGUUGAUAUGCAGUUACAUCAACACGAGUGGGAAUUGGGAAAACGAGAAAUUGUGUGGCGAGUUUUCCCAAUUUCCAUGAUGUUGAUACAACUGCAUAUCAAUACGGAAAAAAUAUUUUGUAUUUUUUUUAUAAUAUAUAGCACAAAGAAAUAUAAAGAAAGAAAUUUUCUGUGUUGACAUUGAGUUAUCAACAUGGCUCUUAGCCAAUCAGCGUUCAGAAUUUACAAAUGCUAUAUUAUAAUGGUUACCAUCACAUGCCAAACACCAUUACGUGCCCUUACCGUUUCUUCGUUUAUACCACGUUCUUUUUCUGCUACAGGAAAUUGAAUCUUUUGAACUGGAUCAAUUAGAAUUCAAGACUCUAGCUGAAUGUAAAUAUCUCGUGGAAGGAAGUGUAAAACAUAUUUAUUUGUAUCAUAGUUAUGGGUAAGUGGAAUUCGUUUGUCCAGAAAAAAGUGUUUGGAAACAUGUAAAGAAUAUUGUGUCAUCGUGUGUAUUGGUAAAGUACAUAAUUUUUAACUUAUUUGCAUUGCAGGAAUAACAGAGCUAUAUUUGGAGUGUUUUUUAACCCAACACAAAAGGUAUUUUAUUUUCGUGCGUGUAGCCAUUUACAUUAAAGAAUAAAGCUAAAGUCGUAUCUUUAUCUUCAUCUUCUUAGUCGCUUUUCUCUGAUCCACUAUAAUGCAAAUGACAUGACGUACAGUACCGCGCGAGGGUGGGCGUGAUAGGGGCUUCUACACAUUGGAGUCGGAAGUAAGCCAAUUGAGGUUGAGAUCAGCAGUAUAAAAACCCAAAGAUGCAAUUUCAAAUCCCGCCUGAAACGCGACCAAUCUUUUGUUCGUUUCUACAGUUGAGAAGAGAAGAGUUUUAUUAAUCUCUCUGGAAAGUUGUCACAAACAUAUAUUUCGUGUACUUAAAUUGGAUAUACCUACUGUAGCUCCCUGUUGCAUCGAUCUUUUGCAUGAUUACUGCAUGAGUUAUUUAUCAGUAACAGAGCGUUGAGAGGCUAUAGGCUCUGAUAAAUACAUGUUAUACUGCUUUAAAAUAACCAUUUUAUUUCGAUUUACUCAAUGAUUUGCUUCAUAAUUUCGAUGGUAUGUGUAGGCAUCAUUCUUUGUUGUGGAUACAGUGAGACGAAAUCAUAUGCCUAAUCUAGAUUCACUCUACCAUGCUGAAAGAAAUGCAAGGUGAGUUAUCAUUCUCUAGGUGCCAAUGUACAUAUCUGUAGGUAGCGAUGAUAACAAACAGCAGCGCUAUGUAAAUGAAAUACAAAUACUGUGUUAUUUACUUUCGUUAGUUUAGUUCUUUAUUAUAUAAGCAUUAUGAUACACAAAAAGCUGUUAGAAGACAGCAAAGCUAUCGUCCAAAUAUUUUGUGAAAAUUAACUCACUCUCGCGUCUAUAUAACAAAACUAUAUAACAAAAUAUCUGCAACUUGUCGAUUUGCCCGGAAUGCAUUGCGUGGCCUCAUCUUUUUCGUUAUCGUCAAGUAUAAAAAGUUGAAAGGAACAGUAUAACCUUCUCACUUCAAAGAACAUGUACAGCUUACUACCUGCAUACUACCUGAGCAUUAAUACAACCUAUUGUUGUUCUAACUAGAAUAAAAGGAGCAUCAGAAGAAGGUGAUGAGGAACCGAUACUUACUCCUUCUCAACUACAUUUUGAAGUCAGAGUAGACACAGACUCAAAACAUGUAAGUUGAAAAUAACCUAUGUCCCGUUAUAUUGCAUGAACAUCUUGGCUAUAGAUGGGCUAGCUGUAGGGCACAACAACAUCUUGGCACAGAUGGGCUAGCUCAUAUAGAGAAAAUGAGUUUAUUUUUAAGUGUGUCGAGUUAAGCUUCUUGCAUCAUCUGAAAUGAAAAUGUUAUUUAUAAAGUGUGAAUAAUGGUUCCAUAUGACACAUUUUAUCUAUGGUGUACCCAUGCAUUUAAUGGAAAUAGUAAAAAUGACAUUCAUUUCUUUCAUAACCGACUGGGACCAUUCUUGCAUGCAGUUCAAAAAUAAAAUUGGCAGGCCAUAAUUAAUUUGUCCCGCCAAAAAGAAAAGAGUUUGUCGGGCCAAUUGUUUUCUAUUUUGAAUCGUGUUUUCUGUUGUAUACUCUUAAGAGUAAGACCGCACGUAAAAUUUGUUUUGGCAAGGUAGGAACGGUGUGAUUGAUAGUAGAGUAUUACGAAAGGGUAAACUAUACUUUUGUCAUGUCUUAUUACUUUUCAGGCAAUUCGUGCUAUUCAGCGGGCACUCGCAAAUUAUAAGGAAGAAAAGAAAGGACCCACAAUGAUUCUUGUUCAGUCGUCAUGGGGUGAGACUUAACGUUUUAAUAAUAAUGUACAAGUAAAAUAUGGUAUGUGGAUAAUGGUAUGAAUACUUAUUUGCGCAACAUAGGCACCCAGUAGACAUGGUACAUCAUCAUGCACAACAGCAAUAAUACAUGCAUAAUAUAUACAGAUGGUAAUAAUUGACUAUGUUUAAAAAUCGUUUUGCUUUUGCAGAUAAAGAACACUUGCAAGCCGUUAUUCCAGUCUUAAACGAUUUUCCUGUUGUUUCAAUUCCCAACAAUGAAAGGUACGUUUUCGUCAGUAUUGUUUUUGAAGGAACAUUUAACAAAUAUAAAACAUUUUCCGUGUUGAUAUACAGUUAUAUCAACACGAGUGGAAAUUGGGAAAAGAGACUUUCCCCCAUUAUUUAAACGACCCUCAUGUUACAAUAUACACUUGUUUUCCGUUUUACAUGUUUAUAUUUUGUAUCGUACAGCUCUCGAUUUGGUUAAAGGAUAACAAUAUAAAAACACAAUUUUCUUACAAUUAUCAAAAAUAUUGUGCUACGUUUCUUCACUUUCAUUCAAUGUAUUUCUUCAUUCAAUGUAUUUCUAAUAUGUUCAAGUUCAAUGAGUCGCGUGUAUCACGCGACAAAAUUGUUUAUUAUUUUUUGUCUCUUGAUGCGUGCGCGUUCACGCUUUGACUAACUAAUUCCAUAUAACAAAAUAAUUUUCGUCUUUUCUUGUUGAACUAGUGACACGCCAUUCAACAUUCUGGAUUGGCAAAGACAUGCCGCAAGAAGAGUCAUUCAACAUUACUUAUACAGUGACACAUGGUUACAGGUGAUUAAAUAAUUCCGUAAUCAAGAUGAAAAUUUAGCAUUCUUCAUUAUAAUUAUUGCGUAAUUAAUUGAAUCGAACGGGUAACUGGUAGGUAGAGGUUAUUUCGCUGGCCUCAGAGUGACAAAACGUAACAAAGCAACGGUUAUACUAGCACUAACCCUAUUCCAAACACCAACCCUAACCCUAAUUCUUACCCUGACCCUAACCUAACCCUACUCCAAGUUUGUUUCUAAACCAAUCUUGAAGAAAACUUUUUUGACGAAAUGUAAUUCUGAGGUCAGCGAAAUAACUUCUUCCUAACUGGUAAUCACGGCAUUGUUUCUUUUGUAAUUGGGUGCGUUGUCGUUAAUGGUGCCUACCAAAUAAGCUCCCUCCAUUUUUGGCUAAACUCAUUUUUGACGUAAUAUUUCAAAUCCGACUAUGAGGACUGGACUAAAGAUUUCAAGUCCGCGCAAUAGACCUUUCCCCUUUUAAGUGAAAUUUUGAUCUAGACAAGUCUGGACAAAAAUUUCAUCACAGCUUGAAAGAGCAUCACAAAAUUAGUAAUAUUCCGAAGUUUCGUUGCAAAAUGUUGUAAAAUGCGGAUAAUAUAGCCUUGCGAAGUUUGCCGUUUUUCAGUCAUUUGCAUUACAAACGGGAAAUUGAUAAUCAGAUGAUCAAACUGAUUAUCAAUUUCCCGUUUGUAAUACCAAAUGACUGAAAAACGGCAAUUUUCGCAAGGCUAUAUUAUCCGCAUUUUACAACAUUUCGCAAUGAAACUUUGGAAUAUUACUAAUUUUGUGAUGCUCUUUCAAGCCGUGAUGAAAUUUUUGUCCAGACUUGUCUAGAUCAAAAUUUCACUUAAAAGGGGAAAGGUCUAUUUGAUCUCGUCCGAGGCGAAGCCGGAGACUGGAUCAAAAUGCGAGAACUUGAAAUCUAGUCCAGUCCUCAUAGUCGGAUUUAAAAUGAAAUCUCAUACGAAUAAAUCACUUAUCAUUUAGUAUACUAAAUAAUUAAUUUUGAUCCAGUCCAAGGACUGAAUUAAUUUUGAUCCAGUCCUAGGACUGGAUCAAUAUACUUCAUCAGGUAUCCAGUAUUAUUAUGUGAGCAAAAUAAAGCAAUAUGGUUUGCUAAUUUAGGCAUGAAUUAUUAAUCAUCACUUUCGUCUUAAAUUUGCCAGCGAAUACUGUAAUGUUUAAAACGUUGUAGACGGUUCGGAGAGCUAUAUUUUUCAAGUUACAUGCCAACAGAUAUUUGCUACAUAGAAAAACUAAUUUAAACAUCUAACGAUACAUGUGUUCUGUAUUUAGGCCCAAGUUGAACAUGCAAGAUACUGCCAUAUACCAGUUGGAAACAUUUCUGCUGACGCUGCAGCUUUUGCGAGUGAUGUAUUUUUUGCACGUAAUCUUGGGAAAAGUAAUCACGUGGUAUGGCUAUCUCCUGGAGAAAGACCUGAUUUGGGUGGCAAGGAAGAAGAUGAUAACAGGUACUUAGUCAUUUACAGUAGUCAAUUCCAAACUGUUCCAUAAAAGUCCUGCGUAUAAGCUAUAAAACCGUGCAGGCAGGUGUUCGUUCCGUUUCUCUUUCGUCUGCCGCUGUGGUAACCUUGUCUUAUAACGACCUUACAGGGCCGUAGAAACCGGGAGGAGGGGCUGGGGGUGCACAAUUUGUAAACUAGCGAUAAUCUGUAAAGUUUGAGAGGGAAAUAAUGACCUAUUAAUCGCCCCUGGCUAAUCAGCCCGUCCCCCCGCCCCCGCCAAUACAAAAUUGCUUCCUACGGUAGUGCCUUAUAGUGCUUGCAGGUAUGCAUAUGGAAUUUAAUUUCAUCCCGAUUUUUAUGACAGACAUGCCAAAGACACUUAAUAGUGGUGAUUUAUCAAAACAAGUAAAUAAAUUCUGAAAGUGAGUCUUGUGUGAGAUAAUCCAUUCUGUCCCUUCUUUAAAAAUAUAAUAGUAUGAUAAGAUAAGUAUAUCUGUAUAUCAACACAUACACAUGAAAAUUCGAGCGGACGUUUCCCCUCCUGGCAAAUACAUACUCUGGGAUAAAAACGUUCCUGAAUUAUUGAAAAAUACACCUUCUCAACGAGUGAUGGUGUAUCUCGGUUAUCAUAGACACAUUUGUAGAAAGAAAUCUUGAUACUCUGUAGUAUCUGGUGGUUUUAAUUUCGUAUUUUGAGCAUAAGAUGGUGAAUUUGUGACAAAACAUUUGUAGACCAGGUUUGGAAUUUGAAGAAGACGACAGCACUGUCGAAGUGAACAGCUCUGGUGCCUAUCCCACUGUUUGUAUUGAAUUAUCCUUGGAUGGACUCGCAGUCAAUGCUGUUUUACAGGUAGUUGGCCUGCUUUUCUAUUACCGUUUUUCUGUUACCCGUCUGGAUACAUCAUACGUCUUCUAUAUUAUUCGUGUAGUUUAGAGACGAAUAAUCCGUCGAAUUGUAGGACGAAUAAGCUAUCUUUGUUUUGCGGCUUAAAUAUAAAGACAGGCGUUUGGAGUCUAGACGAACUAUCAUCGAUUGUGCUUAGUUCGUCUAUAGUCUAUAGAUGCAUGUGUCUUGUGCUCGUCUUUAUUCUGUUCGAAGACGCAUAUCCAGACGAACAAUAAUUGUCCAGACAUAUAAUACUUCUCUAGUAGAGUGGGAUUAAGUAAAUGUUACAUGGAAGUAGGAGAGAUGAGAAGCCACAUCAACAGUUCACCAAAUAUAAAGGGUCCCUUUGUCAUAUUGGUAAUCAGUGAACGUAUUGUUGGAGGAUAUUUGAGGAUAACAAUAAACUCUUUUGAAAUGAAACUUCCUGACGAUAAAUUAGAAAGGUUAUGAAUGAUCGUUUUCCGUUUCAGUCAUCCCAUAUAAACGACUAUGAAGGUGGGGCAGGCUCUGUCGUCAGUUUUGAAAAUAUCGCCCAGGUAAGUUGAAGACAAUGGAAUUAUUCUGGACCCAAUGGAAUGAAUAACAUUUUAUCGGUUAUCAGAUUCUGUUUUUCCCAUAAUUUUAACUAAUUAGAAAAUUUAGAGCAGAGAACCUGCCUAAUUUAGGAGAAAUAAUCUCAGUUGUUAUAGUAUUAUCUUAUGACUAUGUAUGAGAACGUGGCUCAAACCAUUGUGUUGAACUAGUGCCCACAUAUUAAUUAAAAAUCGAAAGUGAAUUGUUUACAAUAAAAUAUCAAACCAAAGCCCUUCUCUAUGACCAAACAAUAGCGAAGUUAAAUAGACCGAGGAAAUUAGCUUGAAAAGAGAAUUUUAUAGAAUUUUCAAAUAUUUUUGUACUUGGCUUUUUAACAGUAGGCCUAUUGAAGAUUCUGGGGAUGAGGCGAAAUUUCUGUGUGGAAAUUCUUUCACUCGUUUGAGGAUAUCCACUUUUUUGUCCACUGCUGAAUAGAAUGAAUAACAUUUUCAAGAUAUAUUUGGAAUAUGGAAUUCUUUAGAAAACAACACAAAGCAUGCGGAAUAUUUUUACAAUUUUGUUCUGGCAAUGUGGAAUUCGUAAGCUCCGAAAUUCCGCCUUAUUCCCUGGUGAAGAUCCUUACAAAUCCCUGUGGUUUCCAUUUCAGAAGUGUAGUGUAUCUUUUCAUAUAUGAUGUACCUUUAGGUCUCUUUGGAAGAAAUGGUUACAGGUGGAGGUGGUGCUGCUGCCAGCAAUUUAACUGCUUACGAUGAAUCCGCUCUUUGUGCCAGUGCUUUCAGGUAACAUGCCCAUAAUAGGUGCGAGUAGAUUUUAGUGUGUAUUUUGAAGUUUGAAAAUUAAACCUAGAGAGAUGCUUGACUUUUCGUUUCCAUUCGGCCAUAACAGUCAUGACCAAGUCAUGCUCACCAAUGUGAAAUAGUCAAUAGAUCUAUCUUGUCUUUUGUGUGCUCUAUGCAAAUCAGUCUUUAUUGAUUGAUACAUUCACGACCGACAAGGCAAAGUGAAAACCAGGCUUAUUGGAGACCUUACGAUGUAGAACAGCAAUGUGACGACGACGGCUAUUAAUAACAAUGAAAAUUAUAAUAUACAAAGUCAUACUGUAUUUUUGCAAUUUUAGGGUUUUAAAAUCAAUGAUUCAUAGUUGGUUACAUGAAGUAUCGUCCUACCAGAAUCCAUAUGCUGAUCUUCACUUGGUGCAUUUUUACCGGUAGGCUACGUAAACCUGUACACCUCAUUUAUUUGACUUAAUUGACUUAUAACUGGACUGACCAACUCAGCCUCAGCCAGGUUGAAUUAACUUGGUCUACAGUAUGCUUAGAACGCUGCACUGGAAUCGCAGGCGCAGGUUCGAUUCCUGCCAGAGGGCCUUUGGUUGCAUUUUCUGUAGCUGCUGCGGGUUAGGUGUAAAUAAAUGUAAAAUUUACACUCGAAAUUUCAAAUACAAAAUGCUUCAACGAGUGAUAUCUCCCAAAAACCUGAAAUUGUAGCAAGUAAACAUUUUUUUAAAUGUUUAAUAAUAAUAAUAAAAUAAUAUAAUAAUAAUAAUAAAAAUAUAUAAUAAUAGAAUUCGAAUUUAAAUCUGUUACGAUAAAAUCGAAUUUUAUUACUAUGGCGGGUUAGUCUUUUUAUACGGGCCUCAUUUGAACCGCAAUAUUCACCAGAUGACAGCAUCAACAAAACCAUGCACAGCAUCAUGGAUUGUUUUCACACUACGUAUAUGACUGCAGGCCGCACCUGCUAGGAACGAGAAGCUAUUUUGGCAACGGCGCGCACGAAUAUUUUUUCUCUUAUCAUGACCCUAACCCUAUUUUGCGCGCAACAUGAGGAUAUAUCGCCCGAUAUAACCCUCUUUUCUUUAGUAAAUGAGAACCCGCGUUUUUUAUUUCGUUCACAAUUACUACAAAAAGCAUUACUAUAAAGGUAUACGUAUACGGAUUUUUACUGUAUUUUCUAUCUUCGUAGAUGGCUUCAAAAUCCUUCGUCCUUACUUCACGAUCCAGCUCUUUUUCGUCUGGUGCAAGGAAUGAUGAAGAAACUAUUUUUACAAGUAUGUGAUUUAAAUAGGUUCUUAAUUUUGUAAAUGCAAGGUGUUAAAAUUAAAAUUUGACUUUCACUUGUAUGAAAAUUGCGAGUCUCGUCCCCAUGAAGCAAAAUCUGUACGGGUACAAAUCAACCAUUGAAUAAAGCGUGCGUUUAAUGAAAGCAUUUUUAAUAUAAGUGGAAAAUAUAUGUGUGUCUCAUGUGUUAUAACAACUAAUUUUGUUCCCUUUUCUAGCUAAUUGCGGAAUUCAAAAGACUUGGUUCCACAGUAGUUUUUGCCAACUUUAACAAAAUCAUCAUUUGCACAAAGAAAAGAAGGUAGUGUAUGAUAACAAUCUCUAACAUUAAAAAAAUAUUGAGGGCCGUUCAAAUUAGCCCAACAUAAUCCUACGUUGUUGGAUCAUGCAACGUUGUUGGUUCUGUUUGAAUAUUAGGGAGCUUUAGCAGCGAGUACGAGUAUACGAGAUUUGUCAAUGCGAAACGCAUGCGCUCUACGCUCACGCCAUCCCGUACUGACACGAAAACGUUUUGGCCGUCGCUCAUCUGCGUACGAAAUUUUGGAGAAAUCUCGUAGUCCUCACGACGACUUUUUAAAAAAAACCAAAGAAAGUUGGCUGUUUUUGUUUUUCAAAAAUAAUUUGUAGCGUUUGUCCGGCGCAAAUAAUCUCUUAAUACUAAUACUAAUAUCAUGACUUAUUUGCACAUAAUUCGUGUAUUGUUUCUCGUAUAGAAGGGGCUAAUUUUUGUAGGGAGAUUUAGUUUAUAGAAACUUUUUCUCUCGUUGUUUGUUUACUGCUAUACAAGCAACAUUUGAACAGAAACGAGAACGACUACGACUUCCUCGCACGCGAUCAAAUCUCGUACUCGUAGUCGCUGUUAGCUAAAGCUUCCUAAUAUGUUCGGUAAUAAUGGUUGAUGUUGGAAAAUGUUGAAUCACGUUUGACUUUAUUCAAAGUUUUAUCCAGCAUCGUUCACCAUUGUUGGAAUGGUGAACGGGGUCUUUAUUGAAGAAGCGCUAAGAUGUUUCAAACGAAAAGUUCGUUCUUGUUUUCAGUGUCUCCGAUGCAUUUGGGUAUAUCAAUUUUAUUCUCAAGAGUAUUCAGUCUAAGGAGUUGUUUCAGAGCCUGGAUAUCACUGCAACUGGAUGUUGGGAAUAUCUGUUGUGGAUGGACCAGGUAUACUUUUUAGAUGCCAUGUAAUAUAAUAUUUUGAUUACUUGAUGUUUUAUUUGAUUAACUAUAUCAAUAUAAGUCACAUAUUAUUAGCACUGAUGAAGAUCCGGGCUUACGGAUCGAAAGCUUUGCAGUAAUAAAUUUACGUGGUGUUUCCACAAACAAAACCUAUUAUAUUUUAUCACCAUGCAAACAUACAAAGAACUUAUAUCAAUAUAGUAGUAUAAGGAUGGUGCAGCAUUGAUUAUAUGAACUCGCUUAAUUAAAUUGAGUGAGCCUGUAGUGCUGCGCGCUUAUUGAAGAAUUACACUUUUUCGUGGCUGAUCCCGCAAAAAAGGUGGAACGAUGUGGGUCCACAGUUGGGCUUGACUAGUAAAUAUCUUCUCCUGGCCAUCUGUUUUGUUGAUGAAGGGCGUGUGGUUGUUGGUGAAAAGACCUGACUGUCGAACUGUUUUAACUUAAAAUCGAAAUGUGAAAUUGUAAAUUUUAAUUAUGCCCUCCCUUGAACGGAUAUAAUAAAUGAAAACUGCUGUGUACAAACUUCUGAUGCUGAACUGAUAUUGAAACUGACCAAGACCUGAAAGCUGUAUAGUACUUAUUCAAAUGGCCCUAAGCAGGGCCUCCCAGUGACAUAUGGGUGCUGGGAGCAAAAUAUAACUUUGGAGCCCUAUGGUGCUGUUGUCGUAGGAAUGGCAAAAUCCUGCAUUCUUGGAGACUAAUUGACAGUUACAUCUAUAUAUGCAUAUUUUAUUUUUAUUGGCGCACAUGAAAGCUCUAGUGCUUGUUCAAAUGUCCCUCAGCAUGGAUUUAAUGAUGCAAAUAUGAUUUCCAUAUAUGGAUUUCACUAUUUUUUCCAAUAAUUACUAUCUUCUUUAGUUCUAUUCCUUAUCUUAUAUCUAUACCAGGCUAACCAUGGUGGCGUGAGGGGUAAAGUUCCCAGAGAUGACGAUGAGGAUGAUGAUGAAAAUGACAAUGAAAGAAGUGGUGAAUCCGAUGUUGAAGAGAUUGGUGAUGAACGACGACGACGUGAGGUGAUUUGGAUAGAUGUUAUAUUUUUGUGCGCAUCAAUCCAAUAUUUACAGAUUCCACUCUGUGUAUGCCAUUUAACUUCCAGUUUAAGUCGCAAGUACUAGUUUAACAGAAGGAACGAGCCAAGCCAAAGAAAACAAAGCAGCCGCGUCGUGACGUUGUAAUACUAAUAUUAUAUGUUGUGGUUACUUUUUGCUUUAUAUAGCCUCAAGUUGAAAUGAAUUGGAAUAUUUGUAAAUAUUUACCUACGUCUGCUUCAUGUCAAAACUUCUUUCAGGUGAGCUAAAUUAAUCCAUAUUUAUUGAGACUAGCUGCAUCCGUAAGACUAAGAGUAUUGCUAUCAAUGUACACCCUGACAUAAUAAGCCAAGCUAAAUUAGUACAACAAUCAAUUAAAAAAAAAACACUCGUAAACCUGCCUCGUACCCAGGCGCUAUGUGCUGCUGCUGCUGCUGCUGCUGCUAUAGCUUGCAUGACCUUUGCUAUAGCUUGCAUGACCUUUGCGGUAGGCCGUGUGGAUUAAUUUGAUCAAUUUCCAAACGAUGUAAAAGAUUCCUGGUAUACAUUUCUACACUGGCUUUCUAAUUUAGAUUGUAAUAGCAGGACACAUUCAUGCUAUUUAUAAUCAUCUUUUGGCUGAAAGACGACUAAUUGAACCCGGUUCCACUCCAGUUAGAAAACGCAACGGAUCAUCUCAAUCUCAGGUAAUUGACUUAAUGCAUGCAGCGCUGUCCAUCUUUAUAUUUCUGGCAGUGGCAACAUUAUAUGCAUGUGAUUACGACUAUUUACAGUAUAAUUUUCCCCGCUUGAGGUAGGAAAUCACAGGUUCGCUGUGGUCGGUCGAUUCCGGCAUUCUAAACCAAAAGAACAGUAUACAUGAAAAAAGCACUUAUUCUGAUUGGCUAAGAGCAGUGCAAUUAUUCUUGAAAUUACACUGCAGGCAAUUACUGCAUGCAGCAAUUUGGAGUGCAAUUAAGAAAAAGAGACUAGGGCCAACCUAGUUCCUGGGAAAGAGGUUGGACUAGAGCUAGAAAGAAGAAAGGUCACCGUGGCGGAACAUUUGACUCUCGAACGUCAGAUUUGCCUUUGUAAACCCUCAUCUUUUCAACCACUUACUGUAUACUUUGAAUUGAACAUUCCACGUGAAUACGAGAAUUUAAGUACAAGGAGCACUUACACUGAGAAGGUUGCUGAAAGGUUGCAAACAAUGCUUGAACGGGCAUAGAUUAAUGUGCAAUAUUAUCGAAGCGUGUAAUUUUUUCAUGUAUAUAAUUAAUUAGUAAUGGUUUCUUGUACAGUUUGGAAUCACAUACACAUGUGAGUAUUUCAAAGACAGAACCUUCGGACUUGUGCACUUUUCAAAGUAUUUGAUGAAAAGUCGUUCCUGGUUUUUUCAAAUUGCACUCGAAGCCUUUCUAUUACCUAUAUUAAUUGCUACCUAUGUAGUUAUUAAUAUUUAAAAUGAUGGUAUUGUAAUAUACAUGUUACAGCAUGUUGAAUUGCCUUGUACGUAAUAUUAAUUAAACACCAAUUUUUGUUAUACGUUCAAAGAGAAUGGCAGAUUCUUCAGCAACGCCAAGUCUAGUGUCUUUCACUCAAAAACGAAUUGAAGAAGAUCUAACACAACAACUUUUUACGUAAGUAUAUCUGCAAGUGGUAGUUGGAAUAUUGUGGAUUUUUUUCUUUAUGCUUGCAUUUAGCGUAUAGGCUAAAUCUACAGAGCGUGCAGCUCGUUAGUAAACAGACGUGAAUGACCUUGGACCUUGCAAGCUGCAUAACAGUAAAUUCAAUUACUUGUUUUUGUUACAGUAUAACUCAGAAAAUCCAACAGACAUUGUCAGGUGACAGACAUUCCCGAGCUGAUCCUAGUGUAGAAUUCCCUUUGUUACCUGGCUCACAUCUGCCUCUUAAUAACCCUGCUUUGGAGUUUGUGAAAUAUGUUUGUAAGGUAAUGCUGUCAAUGUUAUAUUAUUAAAUUUUUGUUUGUUGCAUAUUAUAAUGUUGUUGUAAUCAUAUUGUAGGCAUUGUCCUUGGACUCCAAUACACAAAACCAAGUCAACAAACUUCGGUAGGUUGUGCUCUGUAAUUGUUUUUCAGCGUAUGUUCAAUACCCUAAAUUUUAGGCAUGUUCCUGUUAGUGAGCCCAAUAAUUAAUGAACCCUCUAUUCUAAUACAGUCACCCAAGGGACAGAGCAAAGUGUCCGUAAUAUAUAGCUGACGUUUUAAGUGUAUUUGGGAGUUGUACGUGAGGAAUUGCAAAAGAUGGUAACCUUGUACCCAGGUAAAUUUUGGAUGUCAAUUUCAAUCCCUCGUACAGGUUACCGCAAUGAAGGUUUACUCAGUCUGGUUGAUAAAAUUGGAGUAUGGGGCAAUAUUUUGUUUCAUGGACGUAGUUAUAACUUUAAUAUAAGAUAAGAAGAAUAGUUGAAAAACCUCGUCUCUCUAUAAAGUAUAAACUCCAAAUUAAAUAAAAAUGAAAUACAUUCAUUUCGGACGCGAUUCACAUUCAGGUAAAAUCCUUCGACAAACCCUGUCUGCCAACUCCGCAUGUAUUGCGACGUUGUUGUGUAGGGUUGUUAUCAAUUUACAGUGCUGCAGAAUUUGUUAAAAAUAUAAUUUGAUUGCCACCAAUUAUUGCAAGUUCAAUUGCAAACAUUUUUUGUUUUUUAGACGUGAUCUACUCAAACUGAUAGGAGUUGGUGAAUUUUCUCUUGAAGCAUCAUUCAAUGAUCCCUGCUUAUCAUUUGUUCUCCCUGAGGUACAUUUUGAUAUACUUCAUGUCAUAUUAGUACAGGCAACUACGUGUAUUCAGCUCACUCAAGAUUUCUAAUUAAGUGAGAUGCCCAAAAUGUAGAAUAUUUACCUUUGUACUCUGGCAUCACCCUAGUAUAUACAUGAACUAGGGUGAUGCCACUGGACUCUAUAGCUGCAUGGCAGAACGCUGCAUCAGAAUCGCUACUUCGUCCGCAGGUCAUACAACGCGUAAUGAGAAUGCCCGUUCGCAGGUUAAAAUUUGAAAUCUGAGACGAAGCGCUGUAAGUCCGUUUGUUUCCCACCAAUUAUAUAUUUUUGAAAGGCCUGCGGAGGAGGUAGUCAGAAUCGCAUGCACGGCCUCAGGUUUGCAUUUCUGCUAGAGUGAAUUAAGUUGCAUUUUUCGCUACUGCUCCUGCUUAGAUAUAAAACUAUAUAUGUAUACAUGCAGUUUUCGCUCGACGUUGUCAUCAACAAAAACUUUCAACUAGUUUAAAACACGUCAUCAUGAUCUUGUAGUUUAUGGCUAUGCUCGCGUCACUACGAAAAUUUCACUACGAAAUUUCUCAAGAAUGCCGUUGUCAACGUACGUUAUUAACAUGCAAGUAUGAGAUCGCGUGUGCAAACAUCAAAUCUCGUAACUUCUUAAAAGCUCAUUUAAGAGUUCUUUUAGCUUUUAAAUCUUUUAAACGCUCUUUUAAUUUAUUUUUAAAAAAUGUUGGAAAAAUAUUUGAGCUAUUAAAAUAGCUGAAACAUUGUCCCCAACAAUUUAUUAAAAAUCGUUUGGAAACUUCACACUCAGCACAUAACGUACUGUACAUGCAGAAACCAAAUUAAAGAAAGUCUUAAAAUGGUUUGUUUUAUGCAAAAUGUUUUUGAAAGAUAUACAUAACUAAAUUUUAGGUAAUCUGUACUUAUUGCAAUGGUUGUCGGGAUAUAAAUCUUUGUCGUGACUCUUACAUCGUGCUGCCUGAAGGAAAUAGACCGUAAGUUCCACUGGGACAUAACAUUACAUAUCUUUACCAAUAAGUCCAUAAUAUAAUUUAAGCCCCGUUUACACUACGCUCAAUUUUUGGUACCGUACCACUUUUUGGUUCUUGGACUACCUAAAUAGGUAGUCCAAGAACCAAAAAAGUGGUACGGUACCAAUUUUAUCCGUGCCGUACCAAAAAUUGAGCGUAGUGUAAACGGGGCUUUAGUGUAUUAUUAUACCAGGCUAGUAACAAUCGUUUCCAUAAGCGACUGGAAUUUUGCGUUACUACGAUUGAACUAUAUACGGCCAGCGUGCCCCCGCCCCGUACAGUUUAAAUGUAUUAUAUAAUUCAUGGAUACUGUGGACGUUUUAACAGGUUUCUAUCACUGUUCCCGGAAUCCGUGGUUUCUAUGAACAAGUGUCAGUCCAGCAGUCGUCAAAUGUUUCUUGUUUGUUAUUAUGCACAAAUGCAAGAUACAGUGCCUUUCCAAAAGUUUAAAUACGUGCUCAAGAUGUUAAACAGCAAAGUGAUGCACCAUCCACUUUUUAACUUUAUUUCAACUCACACAAUAUUAUACGUGCGAUUGUCAGAUAGCCCUACCACACUGUUAAGAAUUUGAUUUAAACCAAUGUCAAGCUAAUAUUGACCGUAUAAAAAGAACAGCAAGUUCGGCAAAUAUUUAUAUCAAUGUCAAUACUUUGUUGCAAAUCCCUUUGCCUUAAUGACUUUGGAGAGUCUGCGUGGCAUUGAUUUAAUGGUUGCCAUUAACUCCUUUUUAAUUACGGAUUUCAAGUCAAACGGUGUUCGUGGUGGAGGGUUCGCUUUACUAAUGUGGGAGAGGAAAAUCUUGCAUAAAUAGGGCAACAUUCGCAUUUUAGCAUAGUGUAUUUAAACUUUUGGAAAGGCACUGUAUCUUCUCCACGAUAUAAGACACGCGUACGCGUAAUACAAAUUCUAAAGAGUGUUUAUAUGAUCCCGUCACUUAUCCCGCCUAAACAAGAUGAAAAAUUCCCAUAUAAACACUUCAUCCCGCCUAGCCGGGACGAAAAAUUCCCAUAUAAACACUUCAUCCUGGCUAGGCGGGAUGAACAUUUACCUUUUGAGCAUGUGUAAGUGCCUUUAUUACUUGCAACAAAAAUAUGACGUCAAGCACUUAAAUGGCUUCAUCUCGGCAAUGUAUUUUGUCCAUAUAAACACUAGGCGAGUUUCCCGUCUAGGCGGGAUGAAAAUGUCCCGUCUAUAGGCGGGAUCAUAUAAUCAUGUUAUUCUUUUCUUUUAGUAUUGCAUUACAAUGUCCUUAUUGUCACAAUGAGUAUGAUAUGCAGGCUAUUGAACAAUUGCUCAUUACUAAUGCUCAAGAGAAAUCAAUGGCAUUUGUCCUACAAGAUGUAGCAUGUUCGAAAUGCCGGGGGGUAAGUGUUGCACCAUAAUAAUGUAGUUUAUAUAAUGUGUUUGCCAGAAAACUUAUUAUCUUUAUUUUUAACCAGGAUACCCCCGUCGCCGUAGUAUUUUCAGUUAAGAAUUACAUUAGUACAGUACUUAGCGAUAUAUCUACAUCGUUAUUUACAAUACAUAGCCAAUUGCAUGUGAUUCAAUUCUAUAGUAAGUGUGUUCAGGUAAGAAUCGGACAUAAAACGAAAUUAGGAGACGGAAUGAGAAGAUAAAGAUAUAAAGGUGCAGAUGAGGAAAAGAAUUGAAAACAGAGCAUCAGGAGAACUCUACAAGUUUCAUAAGGAAUUAGCGUUUUUAAGUCCGGUUUAUAAGGUUUUAAAGUCGAUAGAAGCCUGGUACGUCGGUCUCUGUAAAUUACAAACUACUGUCUUAAUCUUACAGUGAAAAUACAAAAAGUGUCCCACUUCCGCUUCUGUAGUUUGUUGUGAUUUACUGUAAUUUGUUCUGUUUUUCUGUAGCGAUUACCGAUUUAUCGGCAAAUACUGCGAUAAAAUUUAAAUUUCGUUCCUUUUAUGCAAUGAAACUAACAAAAAAUGUAUUAUUUCCUUUUGCUACAAAUUAUCAUAUUUAAAAAUAGAAAAAACUAAGUUUUAUCGCGGUAUUUGCCAAUAAAUCGGUAAUCGCUACAGAAAAACAGAACAAAUUACAGUAAAUCACAACAAACUACAGAAGCGGAAGAGGGACACUUUUUGUAUUUUCACUGUAAGCCUGCCCUCUCAUAUACAACCAUCUCUAAUAGGCUCCCCUUCCUUUUAGAGGAAGAAAUUAUACUAACCGUAUAUAAAAGGCUCCUUCAUGCAUCUGACAAUGUCCUUAUUGUCACAGUGCUGAAAUAAAUAACGCCGGAAUCUAAUAGAAGAUUUACGGUAUUCGUCCCCCUUCCUUUUAGGGGAAGAAAUUAUACUAACCGUAUAUAAAAGGCUCCUUCAUGCAUCUGACAAUGUCCUUAUUGUCACAGUGCUGAAAUAAAUAACGCCGGAAUCUAAUAGAAGAUUUACGGUAUUCGUCCCCCUUCCUUUUAGGGGAAGAAAUUAUACUAACCGUAUAUAAAAGGCUCCUUCAUGCAUCUGACAAUGUCCUUAUUGUCACAGUGCUGAAAUAAAUAACGCCGGAAUCUAAUAGAAGAUUUACGGUAUUCGUCCCCCUUCCUUUUAGGGGAAGAAAUUAUACUAACCGUAUAUAAAAGGCUCCUUCAUGCAUCUGACAAUGUCCUUAUUGUCACAGUGCUGAAAUAAAUAACGCCGGAAUCUAAUAGAAGAUUUACGGUAUUCGUCCCCCUUCCUUUUAGGGGAAGAAAUUAUACUAACCGUAUAUAAAAGGCUCCUUCAUGCAUCUGACAAUGUCCUUAUUGUCACAGUGCUGAAAUAAAUAACGCCGGAAUCUAAUAGAAGAUUUACGGUAUUCGUCCAUGCAGAUUCAUUCCACCUCCACUGUCAUGUGCAGUACAUCGAUAGUACAUGUUUUGUUACUUGGACCGAAGAAAACUGCUUGUUUUGUGUACAGUCAAAUUUUUCGACUUUCACUGGAUAAACUUUUAACCAACAAGAUAAUACAAAAUGUAGUAUAUACACUUGAUAUACAGUAUAAGAAUCUAUAUUGCUUAAGCAAUAUGUUAAAUGCGCACUGGUCGUGUCCCUCUGAUAUUUUGACAAGCAUUUUGAAAAUACAUUCAUUCAUUCUGUUUUCGGUUUUUACAGGUCAAAGAUACUAACAUGGCGUCAUACUGCCGUUGUGCUGGAGAAUUUGUCAACACCAUUCAGAGGGAAACAUUCCGAGAAAAAGUGAAAACAUUUCAAAAUAUUGCCAGGUUUGUUACCAAUAUGGCUCGAUUUCCUAUACAUCUCUUCGGGUAUUAAUUUUCCUAAUUGUGCUUUUAGUAUGUUUCUGACAUUUUAUAUACUUCGGUUACUUGAACAGGCAUUAAAAGUUCAUUUCAAAUGGAUUCAGACAGUGCGUUCUCUUGUGGAAACGUGUACGGUCUGGAUUGUGGAAACGGUGUACUGUCACCUUUCAGCCAUAGGGUAGCAAUAAUAAGUUUGUAGUUAGGAAUAUGGCUAGCGUUUUUGGGAUAGGGUUAGGCUUAAGAAUAAAAUUUUGAUUUUUCGUCUGCACCUUUCACCUCCGUUCAAAUUAUUUUCAAAUUUUAUUUAGCAAUUCUCAAGGAUAAUACAAAGGGUUUAUAAUGUUUAGUUAUUUCUCUAAUAUUUCGGGCAAUUUUCAGGCUUUGAUGUUUUUUAUUGAUAUUGUUCUUUCGUUGAUGUUCUUUUUUCUUCAGGUUAUUAAUUGAUGUUGUUUUUUCUUUGUAAAGAUUGCUGAAAUAACUGAAUGUUAAAUAUUUUGUAUUAUCCUUGAAAACUAAAUGAAAUUUGAAAAUAUAAUUUGAAAUUUAUUUGGGUUCACAGUUUGGUAUGAAUGAGAGUAUGAAAUCCAAUCCCUGUCCUUUUACAAAAGCAGAUUACGACAGCACUUCUAUUUUUGAACCGUUUAGGUAUUACAAGUUUGGACAGCUGCUAGAAAUCGUCGACUGGAUACUUCAAAUGAACUGAACCAAGAAUAUGUUGGUCAAUCAUUCGAGUAAAAAGAACUUUCCAAAUGUAUCAUUAAGAUAUUGCAUUUAUCAUAGGUAACGUUUAUUGUACUUAACCAUUUUUAAUCUACAACGAUUCAUAUACAAAUGUAAAUAAUACAAAUAAUUAUUUUGAUAUCCACAAGACACAAAUCUGAUUGUUGCUACUUGUUCAAUAUUCAAUAACCAGUGAGAAUUAAGUGACAAAAAAUGUUGAUAUUUUUUCGCGAAGCCAUUUAGAACUAUAGAGUAGACUAUAGCAUGGUUAAAACUAUGACUACUAUGACUAUAGUAAGGCAACUCUUCCUCUAUACGCAAAGAACUUCUAUAUAGAAGAAUAUCAUGGACUCAAAUUCAAUUUAUUCAAUCGACAGUCAUAUGUUAAUACUUUAGGACGUAAACAAGGCCAAUCGAAGAAUUAAAUUUUCAUGCUUUGAAAUUUCUAAACGUUGGCAUAUUUUUUAUGCUAUUGUAACGAGUAUACUCGAAUAGAUUAUUUAACUUCAGCUGUAUGUCUUCCGCCAUGACAGUUAACAAGAACGGCCAGGCCAACGUUUCCAUCCACUUCCUCCAUGUUGUUCGUUAUAUAGCGCCUAGCCGGCCUAGGUACAAGACAGGUUUACAUUCAGUGUCCUUUAAAAACCAGAAGACUUUGUUCGCAGGUUACUUGCUUCAGAAAAUGAAAUGGAGUGAUGAUGAAAAUAAUAUGUAUCGAAACUGGAACCAGUAAAAGAAGUGGAUAUCAAAUUUGUACACCAGCUAAGGACUGGUAGCGAGAGGCUGUUUGGAUACCAAAAGUGAAGACGCAUUGAAGUUAACAGACAAGUGCUAGUUAUCUGUCUGAACUAUAAUCACAAACAUUUUCGUAGUAUUUUGUACUUAAUUUGAAGCGUGGAGAAAGACAUGCCUUCAAGCCAUUCAUCUAUCGUGAUGGGUUAAUCAGACUCAGCCGAUUUGGAUGUCCCAUUGCCAUUGUGGUAGAACGUUUCUCAAGAUCUCUCCUUCUAAACUCCAUGUAUGGCUUCUUCAACGUAAGUAGCAAUCCACCGCCUACUCUGUCUCUUGUUGAGAGUGUGGACGUAACCCGGAUUGCGACAUGUUCAAGUUACAAGUUAUUUUCGAACCAUGUCUCGCUUAUCGUGAUGACAUCAGAAGAUUAUUGUUCCAUCAAUCAAACACAAAUUAUUGAGAUUGAUACCUUGGUUAUUUUAAGAUCAUGAUCUUGAGAUGUUUCUUUAUUGAGGAUAUUAAGAUGUGCAUGCAUCCUCGGAGUUGUAGGGGGACUUCGGUGGCGCAGCCGUCAGAGCAAGCGUCUUUCACCUCUGAGAUCGUGGGUUCGAUUCUCGCUACGGACUCUGGUGAAGAGAGUUGGUCAACGCUCUGCCGACAGUAGUGGGUUU